AUAAUAUUUGCAAGAGCUAAACAAAGAGAAAAGGAAGAAAAGGAAAAAACUGCGGUACAAGCAGAGGUAGCUACUAAUGAAGGAAUAGAAAUUGUCACAGAAAUGAAUACGAUUCAAGAAAAUGAUCCACCUUCAACGAACACUGAAAACACUGAGAACACUGAUCUUCCCGUAAUAAAUGAUGAUGCAACCAAUGUAAAUAAUGCAAAUGAUGAGAUAUUAGAUACGAACAUUAUACAAACGGAUUCUUUGGACAGUUACGUAAAUUCAGCUAUUGUUCCUAUCACUAGUACAAUCAGUUGA